GCCUCCAGGGGCAGCCAGUGAUGGACAGAGACAGCCGGACAAGGGGGCUGGCUCUAGGGCUGGCUCCACCCGGGCAAAGGGGGCUCCAAAUAAACCAGCUGCCUUGCUCUCCUUUCCUAAGGAGGGGCUAUCUCAGCUGCAGCAGCCAUGGCAAGGCAGCCAAAACUUUGUGGUAUGACCGCCCACGCUAUGUAUUUUUAGAGUUCUGUGUGGAGGACAGUGUGGAUGUGAAAGUGGACCUUGACGAUUACAAGGUGGUGUUCAGCUGUAAGAAUGCUGAUGGUGUGGAGUUGUACAACGAGAUUCACUUUUAUGCCCGGGUGAAUUCUAAGGAUUCUCAGAAUAAGCGCUCUGGCAGAUCAAUCACUCUCUUUGCACGUAAGUGGAAGGAAAAAGUGGCCUGGCCACGUCUGACCAAGGAGGACAUAAAGCCAGCAUGGCUUUCUGUGGAUUUUGAUAAUUGGCGGGACUGGGAAGGAGAUGAGGAGGUGGAGGCAGCCAUGGUGGAGCAGUAUGCAGAGCUCAUGCAGAAGGUCACACCAAAGAGGGAGCCUCCUGCAAUGGAUGAUCUUGAUUUUACAACAUGGGUGGUUUCCUGCUGCCCUGCAGAAUUAUCCAUAGAAACUGGUGGAAAGAAGGAGAGACUGCAGGGAUACCAUGUCAUCUUGGAGGACACAAUUCUUUUCCCAGAGGGUGGAGGACAGCCUGAUGACCGGGGACUCAUUAAUGACAUCCCAGUGCUUAGAGUCACCCGACAAGGCCCAGAUGCUUUGCACUUCAUCCAGACACCCCUUGAGCCUGGGAGUGAAGUGCAGCUAGUGUUGGAUUGGGACCGACGGUUUGACCACAUGCAGCAGCAUUCAGGGCAACAUCUUAUCACAGCACUUGCAGAUCUUAUGUUUGGAUUCAAGACAACAUCAUGGGAGUUGGGCCGCCAGCGAAGCACCAUUGAACUGGACACCUCCUCCAUGACAUCAGAACAGAUGGCUACCCUUGAGCAGAGUGUGAAUGACAAAAUCCGUGCUCGUGUCCCAAUGGUGGUGCGAGAAUUAGCGGUGGGCGACCCUGAAGUUGAGAUGGUGAGGAGCCGAGGACUGCCAGAUGACCACACUGGACCUGUUAGGAUAAUAAGCAUUGAAGGCAUUGAUGCUAAUAUGUGUUGUGGCACACAUGUUUCCAACCUCAGUGACCUGCAGGUUAUUAAACUCUUGGGAACUGAAAAGGGGAAAAAGAACAAGACCAACUUAAUUUUCCUUGCUGGGAAUCGAGUGCUGAAAACUCUGGAGAGAAAUCAUGCCACCGAGAAGGCCCUGACAUCACUGCUUAAGAAUGGCCCUGAAGAGCACGUGGAAUCUGUGAAGAGGCUGCAGAAUUCCUUGAAGCUGCUUCAGAAGAACAACUUGAACCUACUGAGAGAUUUGGCUGUCCUUACUGCACAGAGCUUCAAAAACAACAUGGCUCAGGAACCAGUGUUUAUAUUACACAGGAAAGAUGGUGACUCUGAAUUCAUGAAUAUCAUUGUGAAUGAAAUUGGCACUGAGAAAACCCUUGUUUUCCUAUCUGUGGGAGAUGAAAAAGCAGCUGGGCUUUUCCUGCUUGCAGGACCUCCAGAAACAGUGGAGAAACUAGGCCCCAGGGUGGCCGAACUGCUGGAAGGAAAAGGAGCAGGGAAGUGUGGUCGCUACCAGGGCAAAGCCACACGGAUGAGCCGGCGAGUAGAAGUGGAGGCCCUCCUCCGGAGGUUUAUCAGCGAACAGAGGAUAGAGCCAUGAUGGAGGGCUAGGGACAAAUGGAGUGGUAACGAUAACACUAGGAGGGGAGAAGUUUGGUCAGUUUUCCACAAGGACUAUCAAGUACUGUAAUACAAAAAAAAACUCUU